UGCAGAUGCUUUCGUUCCUGGAAGCAGUAAUCGGGAAAGUGUUAGCAGGGAACCGUCGGCGGAAUGCGACCGUGCAGGCACCUCUGCUCCCGGGUCCCCCAGGCCGCGGGGGGAGCGCACAGUUCUGCAGCAUGGAAGAACAUCCACAGUAAGUGACCUUUUAUUUCUUGUAGCGUUUAUGUUAUUCGAAAAUCCUGGUUGCUCCCUUCAGACCGAAAAAAAACCCCAAACUAUAAAUCCUGAUGAAUACUUCUUCCCUCUCCUCUCCCACACACACUCAAAAAAAAAAAAAAAAAAAAAAAAAAAGGAGAAAAUUAAGAAAGAAAGGACUAAGGACUAUGUCAGCAUGUGAAGGUUCUUGAGGAUUCAGUUUGUGGUAGCAUGUCAUAAUCCUGGCUAACAUUAAAAGCAGAGGUGCAGUCUCCUGGGAGUUUAUUACAAGGCUGUACAGGUGUCGUCCUGCUUUUAAGCACUGCAAAGCAAUUAGCAGCGUUUCCAUUUUAACUCGGCGGGACUGUACAGCGCCUCCCUGUGCAGAGCCCGGAGGGAUCACGUUGUAUCCCAGCACCUCAUAGCCCUGGUUACCCCCAGUCUUUUCUCCAGACGGGGUCCCAGGCAGAUGCGUGCCUGCUCUCUGGUCUCCCCUCGCUUGGCACACGCUGCCGGCUGGCUGCAGGAGGCUGCAGGGGCUGGGGCGCUCAGCGCUGGCCGGCCGGGGCAGCCCAGCCGCAGCCUGCUUCUGCGGGCAGUACAGCUGAUCUGCUGCAAUGAGAUGUCUCGGGGCAAAGGAGACUCUAACGUGGAUUUAAAUGCUGUGAAGGCGCGGAAUGGAAUGGGUGUCAGAGCUUAGGAGGGCAAUCUUUUACUCUAGGGAUUUUCGCAUCCCAGAGGGUCUUGUCUGAGCCAGGGGGGACCAAGGGAAGGGCAGAAAAAUCAGUGUGCAUCAGGAAAUACUGUUGAACCUUUCUGGCUCCAGUGAGGAACUAAGUUCAUUGGUCCUGGUUCUCCAGACUGAGUCCGGCUUGUCUCUCAAAGAGGGAAAGAAAACCUGCGAUAUUUGGAGAUUCAUUAGGUUGUAUAUUGCCCUUCCCGCUUCUGCCAGCCCCUCUCUGACCCGGAGCAUGUAAAGGAGAGGAGUGUUUGCGUGUGCGCUUGUUUGCGUUUCCCUGCUUCCUCUCCUUGUUUCCUGACAAAUAAUCUGUUUCACUAUAUAUGCCAAGCUUCUCCUGGUUUUUUUUUGUCUUCCGUUGCAAUAUUGGUUUUCGGGUCCUAUAAAUACGAACUAAAGAAUCGCCUCCAGCGUUGCAAUUUUAAUUGUGUUCCAUAGGUAACUUUCCUCCCCACAUAGCUCAGUCCUGUGCUACGUAGACGCCUUUGGCAUUUUAUUACAGGGUCGGCCCUAAAUGUAUGGAUUACUUGUUUUCUGCCAUCCUACAUUUAGCAUACUGAUUAUAAACCAGAAUACAAAAAGGCUGAUAGAUCAAAAGUAUUUUGUAUGGGCAGUUGAACAGGAGGUGAAUAUAUAACGCUUUUGUUCAUCAAUAACUCUUUGGCUUUGACCUGUCUGAGCAAGUCGUGCAAUAAGGUGAAACGCAGGUCACAGCGUCUAACAAAUAUGAAAAUGUGUAGUAUUAAGCAGAACGGGGAGCUGCUGCUUCCCCAGCUCCAUCGCUACUCCCUGGGCAGCCCUCGGAGGGCUUGUCCGCUCCUGGGGGCUGCCCCAAACGAUAGCUGGCUUUGGGGGGCGGAGGGGAGUUACCCUGCCACUUCAGCCGGCUGGUUAAUAACCCCCGCUAGGGCGGGGGAGUAUCCCCCCCUUCCCUCAGAGAAAGGACGAGAAAGAGGAGAGAGAUGCUGGAAAUAGUUGGGUGGGGAUUUGAAGAAUCCGGGGGAAGAUUAAGGACAUAAAGUCGUUUUGAGUUGCACUUGCUGUGAAGAAGGCACCACCGCAGUGGUAAGAAAGCAGACGUUUAAAAAUAGCAUCUCCCAGCUCAGGCAGCUGGGAUUUGGAGCCAGCCCAACAACCCGGUACACAUCGCUCGGAUAAGCGCAACACCCCCAAAUCUGCCCUCCGCAGUGGUUGGAUGUAUCACACCCGCACCAUUAUUUGUCCUUAUGGUGCCUGUUUUAAAUAGUAGAAGGAGAAGAGGUUGACCGCAGGACAGCAGUGAGGAGCUGGGUCAGACACAAUUCAUGAACUUUUGUACUCCUGUGUGCCGCUGUCGACAAAGUAAAAAUAAUGAAACUUUGUGAUAUGUUUGUAAAUGAUUUCGGCUGACCUCUCGCCCUGCCCUUCACCAUAAACGCUACGGCAGGGAAAACCUGGGAGGGUGCGAGGCUGAGGCUCGCAGGCAGAUCGCGGGGAUAAUAGCUAGACCAGCAUAAUAGGAUGAAGCACCAGGGACUCUACCCACGGUCAAACUACAGCGAGCAGCCCUUUAGCUGUAGCAAUGCCCAGGGCUCUGCCGGGCAGCCGCGGGGUCACGGACAGGAGCAAUCCGGCCCGGCGAGCCACUUCCCCGGCCCAGCAGAGCAUUGUCCACCGCCUCCAAUGUCCAACUCGCGAGCCUGCAGCCAGCAGCCGGCCCUCAAACCCCCAAACGGCUCCGCACUUAAGCAGCCAGCAGUAGUUUAUCCCUGGAUGAAGAAAGUCCAUGUUAACUCGGUGAAUCCCAAUUACAACGGAGGGGAACCUAAACGCUCCCGCACAGCUUACACCAGACAGCAAGUCCUAGAACUGGAAAAAGAAUUUCAUUUUAACAGGUACCUGACCAGGCGCCGCCGUAUCGAGAUAGCCCACACUUUGUGUCUCUCUGAGCGCCAGAUCAAGAUCUGGUUUCAGAACAGAAGAAUGAAGUGGAAAAAAGAUCACAAACUGCCCAACACGAAGGGCAGAUCUUCUUCCUCUGGUUCAAACCCCCAUUUACAAACUGGUUCCAAGGACCAUCAGACUGACUUGACAACUUUGUAGAAGAGGUGAAAUUUUCCAUUUCAUCCUUCGCUUCUGACCAGUACUGUACAUAACUGACACUGCCCAAGCAGAACCUGCAUGUAGCAGCUAAGGACACGAGACUCUGUCAUCUUUCUUUAAGGUAUUGUUGUACAAAGGAGACAAAAUGACGCUACUGUGGACUUUAUUUUAUUUGCCUCUGCUAGCACAACCUAAAAAAGGAAAACAAAAGAAAAAAAAAAGGGGAAAGAAAGAGAGAGGGAAAAACAAACAAACAAAUCAUCAUGCAGGCAGUGGGAAUUGGGAAAAUAUUAAAUGAGACCUUCUGUCCUUAAAAAAUAAUAAAUCAUUGAAAAUGAAACUGUCCUGUGUUUCAGUUUUGAAUUCUAAAGUGAAGAUUGGAUGCUUUAUCCUGGGAUUUAUACUUUUAAUUGUCUUUCUAUCCCAUGUAAUUUCGGGAGGAUGCAU